UAUAUACAUAAAUACUUAUACAUAUACAUAUACAUCUUCAUUGGAUUUUCAUAUGAUGACAUCAGUAAGAGUAUUUGUCUUUGACAUGGUGUAGAUAAACCUCGCAGUUUCAUGUGAAUCUUUCAAAUUGUUCUUCUUUUUAGUUGUAUUCAGUAUUCCGCAUUUAAACAUCUUCGUAUUGGGAAUUCCUCAAAUGAUAAACUAUACUGCCGUCUAUACACAGAAGGAAAUUUACAAUCCACACUUUAUAAAUUUCUUCUCAAAAAUAUCGUCGAAUCCGAUGACGAACAAAUUUAUAAAAAGUGAAAUGGAAUUGUUGAAGUACAAUGAAAGUAAUCAUCACUCUAAUCAUGUCUAUGAUCAUCAGUCUACUGCAUUGCAACAUAAACAAAUCGAUGCACCCAAAUCUCAUUUUGAAAAUUGGAAAAAAGAACGAUUUUGGAUGAUUGAGACAAUGAACUCAACUGCUUAA